AUGCAACCGGGUGGACAAAGUCUCGUUGAUCGACUUCUAGCAGCGAAAAAUACCAUCGCUGGACAAGCUCUAGCGAAAGUUGUUUGUAAAGCAACAACUGAAGAAAUCAUGGGUCCCAAACGAAAACAUUUAGAUUUUCUUUUGCAAGCAACAAAUGAAAUGAAUGUUUCUAUUCCUCAAUUGGCUGAUUUACUGAUUGAACGUACGCAAAAUUCGUCAUGGGUGGUUUCCUAUAAAGCAUUAAUUACCAUACAUCAUCUCAUGUGCUUUGGAAAUGAACGUUUUGAAGCGUAUAUGGCUUCGCAUAACCAUCGUCUUCAACCGGCUGCUUAUUUGGAUCGAAUGGGAAUGCCUGGUGGUGAUAUGUCGAGUUAUGUUCGACGUUAUGCAAAUUAUUUGAACGAAAAACGCGAUGCUUACAAAUUAACAGGUUACGAUUUCUGCAAAAUCAAACGAGGAAAAGAUGAUGGUGUUCUUCGUACAAUGCCGACGGAUAAGUUGCUGAAAGCACUUCCGAUUCUUCAAAAACAACUCGAUGCUUUACUAGAAUUUGAAGUUACACCCAAUGAACUUACAAAUGGUGUUAUCAAUAGUUGCUUCUUUCUCUUAAUCAAAGAUCUGAUACGUUUAUAUGCUGCAUUUAAUGAUGGAAUGAUCAAUCUACUUGAAAAAUAUUUCGAUAUGAAUAAAAAGCAGUGCCGCGAAGGAUUGGACAUUUACAAAAGAUUUCUCGAACGAACCGACAAAGUGUCAACUUUUCUUAAAGUGGCUGAGCAACUUUCCGUUUAUGUUUAUCGGACAUCGGGUAUGGAUCGAAGUGAAAUCCCGGAUUUAUCACGAAGAAUUGAUGAUAAUAGAGCACCAAGUAGUCUUUUGGAAGCUUUGGAAAAUCAUUUGGCACAUAUGGAAGGUAAAAAGAUACCACCGCAAGCAUCAAUCUCACGACAUCAAACGGAACAAGAUCUGAAGAGCUUUUCGCGUGAUUUAAUAUUUAAUGAUAGCGAUGAUCCACAAAAGAUACUCGAAGAAGAAGCUAAAGCACUUGCACUAUUCAAUAAGAACAAAGAUUUUUCCAAUGCUCCGACAACAACAUCGAGUGGAAAUGGUUUUGGUGAUACAAAUUUCUUUUCUCAGCACCAACCGACAUCAUCAUCAUCGAAUGGACAAUAUCCAUCCUUGCCAUCAGCAAAUACUGUUAAUCAACAGCAACAAUUAUUAACCGAUGAUCUUUUCUCUCUUGCAACACCACCAACUCAAUCAGCUACUAAUACAUUUUUUAAUAAUAAUCCAACCACUUUUCCAGCAUUUCAACAACCACCGCAACAACCAUUCCAAACUGCACUCGAUACAUCGGUACCUAAAACGGAAGAAGCUCCGCACCAUGAAACAUCGACAUUGUCGAAUCUUAACGAAGCGAACUUUUUCGACGAUAUUCUUCAACCGACAUCGCUCUCAUCAGGCAAAACUACAUCAACAGCACCGUUAUUUGCAAAUAAUCAAAACAUUCCAACGGCUACGAAACCACUUCAAUCUGGAGAUCUGAACUCAUCAUUAAAUCAAUUAUUCGAAAAUCUCGAUAUGAAAGAUCGAUCACGAAUUGGCAAAGACCAUCAAUGGGUACCGGGUGAUGGAAAAAACCAACAAAAGAUUGGUAUCGGAAGCAACACAAUGAAUAGUCCUGGCGCAUCAUGGCCAAGUCAGCCCACCAUGAGUGCGCCAUUUGGUGGUAUGGCCGGUUCACAACCAAAUACAAUGUGGCAACAAGCACCACCCCAAGCAGCAUCAACCAACCCUUUCGCUGCACCUAGUGGCUCGUCGAUGUACAUGACGAAUAUGAUACGCCCGUAUUAUCCUGCGCCAAUGGGCUUUGGUGGUCAACCAGCGCGACCCAUGGGAGCAAAUACGAAUCCAUUUGCUGCUCCGCAAUCGUUUGGCGCAUCACCAUUUGGUCAACCAGGCAAACCGAAUCAAGCGCAGGUUAAUGAUCCGUUUGGCGAUCUUUAA